AUGGCCUCUCGUUUCGCCACCCUCCUCUCUCGCCAGGGCACCGGCCUCGCCCGCUCCGCGCUCGCCCGCGGCUACUCGACCGGCGCCGCUACCGGCAACGAGUUUGUCGCUGAGCGAAUGCACAUCAAGGAGCACGCUGCCAAGUCGGCUGACCUCUGGCGCAAGGUAUCGAUCUACGUCUGCAUUCCUGGCUCCAUCGUCCUCGGCGUCUACAUCUACGGCAUCGAGGCCGAGCACCACGCCCACGCCAUGCACGAGUUCCACGAGAACGGCGAGCAGGCCCCCGAGAAGACCAAGUACGAGUACAACACCAUCCGCAAGAAGGCCUUCCCUUGGGGCGAUGGCAGCAAGACCCUGUUCCACAACGACAUCUUCAACACCGCCGCUUCUCCUUAA